ACACCGUCGCGUGCUUCGCUGUUUGUGGGAGUUUGUCAACAAAUGUACGGGGAGCUCGGGCAUGCCCGGGCAGAAACGGCAUGAGCGGACCUACCAGGCUGGUAGCGUAUGGCAGAGAGCAUUUAUACAUGUAUUCCAGUCCUUGUCUUCCUAUCAUUGAGUUUUUUUAUUUUACUUUAGUUUCAACGGACAAGCGAAUGAGUGACACGGGUUCAGUCCACCGUCUCUUGCGCGUAGACUCUGAGCGUCCCGGCUGAUGUUUUCCCGGUCUUUGAAACUACCGCUGGGAGUUUACCGCUGAGGCGUCGGAUGGAUGAUGAGGAGGAGGACAUGUCACGGCCCAUCUCGCAGCUCUGGGGAACGCCCUUUAGGGACGUCAAAUACGAAGACCGAUCCACACCGAUCACAGCCGGACAGGCCCUUGCUGCCGUCACCGCCGCCGUGCCCACGUCACAAAGUCACAACAACAACAACAACAGCAUCAGCAUCAACACGCUGCCCUGCAGCUUGCACUGGCAGCCUCGCGUACCCUUUCACGGCAACGCUGGAUUACGCUCACAUUUCCCUGCUCACUUUGAGCCUAUGGAGGACCGGGGAGAGAGGCAGAUUGAAGAGGAGGAGGAGGAGGAGGGCAGAGGGGAGGAAGAUGACAGGAUGGCAGAGAGGCCUGAGGAGCAGGCAGGGGUGAGCGUGGAGGCGCAAAUUGGCCGUAAACUUCGGGAGAUCGGAGACAAGUUCCAACAGGAUCACGUUGAACUGUUCAUGAGGCACCACAGACAAAACCUGCCCAUCUGGAUGCGCCUUACGAUGGCCCUGUUUGGCUUUCUGUUUCCAAGAGAGGCUGUCAUUCCGCGCCUGAGAGGAGAGCAAAGAUGAAGGGACUUCCUGCUGGCCCUUGCCUUGGCCCUUGUUUUCCCUCAGCAGAAACAAGGGACCAGACUUUCAGAGAUGGCACUGUAAGAUGGAACACGGGUUUGGAUUUUGUUUUCUAACUGAAUAUGAAGAUGAGAUGAAGAAAACACUGGUCACCGCUGGACGGAGACUGAAUACAAUUUUUUUUUUCUUAAUUUUGCUUUUGUUUUUGUUAUUUUGUUGGGUUUUUUUCUGCCUCUCCAAGAAGAAGCCAUUGUGUUUGAAGAGAUAUUUUCGAAAUAUUUGUAAGAUUACCUAUUUUGUACAGUAAACUGCUCCUUUUAUUUGGUAAUUCAAGUCUUGAAGGACCUCCAUCAGUCCAGGGAAUGCCUUAUUCUCUCCUGCCACAGUACAUACUCUUGCAUCAAGGAUAUCAUAUGAAAGAGAUACAUUUUUAAGAUUAGGCCACUUUUUUGGCAAAAAACUGUGGACGUGGACAUUUCUGUGCUGAAGUUACUGACUCAAAACCUUGAGGACUCGAGGCACAUUUAUAAUUUAUUCUUAGAAAAAUAAUAAGCCCUGUACCUAUCCUCUAAUGUUCCACACUGGCUAAUUUGAAAAUGGUUGUCAUGACAUUGUGGCAGUGUUACACACUGGUGUUUCACUGUCGGCCAGUUUAGAUGCGUGUUUUAUCAGCUUCCACUUCAGACGUAGGGACAUUAUAUCAACCUGUGUCUUUUUUACUGGUGUCAUCCAUCAGCCUCUCCGUCUCCAGUACCACUGUUAUUAGAAGUGGCCUAACGACCCACUGUGUAGAUUCAGAUCUUGUUGAUUUAAAGGAUAUGUAUACUUGAAUUUAGGAUGUACUGAAGAUUUUAGUCGAGUAACUUCAAGACCUGACAUCGUAAUCGUGAUUACUCUUUCAAUUUGUGAUCAUUUGUUCGUAGGAGUGUGUGCUUACUGUUUGUGAAACCAAAUAAGCACAAAGUCAAACAAAUCUCCUUUGCGGGAUUACGAUCAGGGAACUGGAAACAAUCAGACAGCUUAAAAGGCUUUGGAUAAAUUUCAUCCUUUCUAAAGCGUGUUCAGGAUUUCUUUCUCUGGCUGGAUUGACAAUCGCAACUUUGCCCUUUGCUGCAUUGUGGGUCGCCCUUGAGAGAGAUGACAUUCAUCAGCAUUUUUGAGGGGGCAAGCAAUAUUCAAGCCAGUGGAAAGAAGUAAAAAUCUUAGGGAUCAGCUGCAUUUGCAAUCAAACUUACAUCCACAGAAGGACAUUUCCCAGAAUAUGGCUGUGUUGUCAGUUAAAUACGCCUCUUUAGAAAUAUCUUUGUUACAGACACAUUUUUGGGUUAAAGUUACAGAGAUGCAUUUUUAUUUUAUUUCACUCCAGGUGUAAAUGUCUCAAGCACUGAAAUCAAACCUGAUGUGCUAAAAACAUGUAUGAGAUAUCCCACGUUUAACCUCUUAUUCAAGUGCUUUCUCUCACCAAACUGCCAGUUGUACAUUCAGCUUCACCUGAGAACUUAGUAAGAAAAAAAAACAGCUCCUGUACAGUUCACAACCGUUUUAUGAACACACAGACACAUCUGGGUAUAGGAGAACGUCCUUGUGUGACAACUGCUACGUUAGCAUACUGCAACGACACAGCCACUGUUUCUCAAUGUAAGGUUUAUCAAGGAAAAAGUCUUUGAAGACUUUAAAUAAGAUGUUAAAAAUUCCUCAUUUGAUGUAUUAUUUCAGUCUGUUGUAGAUUCAUGAUAUGAACUUUUGAAGACACUGAUGGGUUUUUUUCUGCUUUAUGUUUUCUUCAGGGAGUAGUUAAUAACCAUGUUCAUUACCUGACGCUUAUUACGAGAUGUGUUCACUAAAAGUCUGCCUUUCGAGCGAAGACUCAAUUCAUAGCUGCCCAAGCAAGCAAAGACGUUUCAUUAAGACUUUUUUUACUUUUCCGUCAACAUGGCAGUGUGUUACAGAUCGUUAGGAUGUUGGUUUAUUUUUGUGAACUACGCGAGUAGCUGAACCAAAAGUUUGUUUCCUGCAAACACUGAACGCUGAGCCAAUUCAGAUAGUUGUGACACACUCUCUGGUCCUCAGUCCAAAGCUUCAUACUCUGUUUUACUCACUGAACGUCACGUUUAACUACUCCCUGUCCUUACUGAGAACAUUUUGUUUGGUUUCUUUGAGAUAAUUUAUUCUAAUUUAUUUUGUGUAUAUUUGCUCAGUGCUACUGUAUAGAUGCUAUCUCAGUGUGUACAGUCCUUUUCUUCUCAUUGUUGAUGUGCAUUCAGUUGUGUGUUUGAUGCCUGUGUGUGGGGAGGUUGGACUGAAGCCAUGUGCCUCGUGUGUUCUCACACGAAUGGUGUGAGUCUUUACAAAUCACGUGAACAACAGACAAUCAAAUGUACAAAAUGUGCCUUGUGAGUUAACAGACCUGCCACAUAAUCAUCAUCACCAACACUCGGCAUAAUUACCCAAAAGUCACUGGCCACAGCUCUUGUUUCACUUGGGCUCCGUGAGAUCAAUAUACACUGAUACAGUAGAGUCGGCACAAAACAGUACAGCAUGUUCGUUGUGCCUUGAUACAAAAUAAGACAUCAGUUUGAUUUCUCACAUCAGCUCACGAGGCACAGGCUCAACCUUUGACAUCUCUCAGCACAAACGGCGAGAUUCACCACGCAAAACCUUCUCAAUAUCAGAAAUGACUGUUUGCAAUCAAUGUGCACUGUAAAAAAGAAAAAAAUUCAACAACAGUUUUUUACCUGUAUACUGUACUUUGCGCCUCUCUCUUUCUACUCCUGUGCUGAUCUUCCCCUCUAGAUUCUUGAAACUUUUUCAGAUCUGUAAUAUGCUGGAUUGGCCCAGCUCGUCUGGGUUUUUGUGCUUUAUUAUCUACAAAUCUAGCAGGGCUGCGGGUUUAUGUUUGAAGGAGGAAUGAGCCACCAUGGUGCCCAGUAUUAUUUGUGCGUGCGAUGGGUUGAACGGCCGCUCUGUCAGUGUGGUGUUGAUCUGAGCCUGUCAUCACCAGCCACUGUUGCAACCCCUGACUCAAGUGAAACAUUUGUUAUAUGUUCAACCUUCAGUGUCUUUAAUAUCAAAUUUCUUCAAUUGGUUUUUUGAAUAUCCAAGAAAGAGUGCAUCUUUACUGUCAAGUGCUGUGAUUUGGUGUUUUUAUACAUUAGACAUGAAUUUGACACAGCUAUUGUUGGUAUCUUUAUAAAGAAAACAAUUUUUAGCCAAAUUUUUCCAUACCUUUUUGUAAGAAGAUGAAGACAGAACUACAACAACAGUGACUUUUUUUGCUUUUCUAUGAUUGCUUUUUUUUUUCAAUGUUGUGGCAUUUUUAAUUUUGGAUAUUGCCAAGUCUGCUGUGUCACUCUCAGUUCAAGGGCUUUUUUCGAUAUAUGUAAAUGGAGUAAAAAUGCAUGUCCAACAUUCCUGAAAAAAAUCUGUAUCUUAAGGGUUUGAAUGUAAUUUAAUGGAGUGAACCACAAUAUCUCUUUUAAAACAUGAACUGAACAGUGGAACUUAUUUCAGACUCCCGCGCUGUGUAUGCGCAGAGAGUUUGCAUUGUCUUCACAUUGCUUUCCUUACGUUCAGAGUGGUCUCAAGGAUUUCACAUUCAUGUGUCCUAUGAAGUGAGACCCAGUCCAGAUGUAGCAGUUUUUUGUUAAAGCAUUGGCUGUGUUAUCUUUGGGACUGCUCUGUGCCUGCUGCACAGUUUUCAAAACAGCGCAGGACAUAGAGCGAUGGAGGGAUUGGAGGAGGAUGGGGGGGGGUGUUUGUUCUUUUUCUAGUGCAAUAUGCUGUACAUAAGAGCUUGGCUCUCCAAAUCUUACAGUUUCUCUUAAUUUCUUUUGUUGUUAAAUGGGUACAUUGCUGUUUUUUUUUUUCAUUAAAACUUUAUGGACAAUUGAAA